GAUUAGUUUGCCCAACAAAAGCAGUCGUGAAAUAAAAAUACAACCUUGUGUAUAUGACAAAAGCAAAUCAAAUAUAUGAAAAAUAAUAAACGCAUUACAAGCGAUUAAGGUGGCAACGCUACUUGAUUGUUGAAAAAUUUUUUGUGGCGUGUUUAUUGUGUGAAAAUAAAAGUUCUAUGAUUUUAAACAAAUUUAAAUAAAGUUUAACAACAAAUCACUUCCGACCAAAUUAGAAAUCGUUUUCUAAUGGAUAUUAAAGUGGAAAAUAAUGAAUCGGACGAUAAUACAUUUGAACUGGAAUAUGUUCAUUUGUAUUGUCGCGUUUGCCUGCAAUUACCCCAGAGUGCGGAUAUUUUAGAUGUCAACAUAAUAUACGACGAGGAUGAAUGUUUAACAUAUAAAGAUGUUUUCAAGAUUUGCACGGAGAUCGAUUUAUUGGCCGAUGUCAACCUUCCCAAUCAAUUAUGCAGGAACUGCGGUUUAGAAUUACAAAUGGCUUAUGAUUUUCAUAAAAAAGUAAAGGAAUCGAAACGCCUGUUGACGCAUGUAUUGCGGCAAAGCGAAAUCCAACAACAAGAUGAAGCCAGUUUGGCCGCUGAUGACAAAAGCUUAUAUGUGGAAGAAUUCGAAGAUGCUGAUAUGAGUUUAGUAGAGUCACCUGAAGUGGAAAUAGAACAGCUUGAUUUGGAAGAAAUUCAGAAAGUUGAUGAAUUCCAAAAUCUGGAAGAACUACAAAAUGUGGAUGAGUGCGAUGAAGAAAUGGAAACAAUACAAGUGAAAAAAAGUGACGAUUCCAUUUUAAUACAACUUGCUGGAGAGAGUCCAGUAUUAAAGACGCAAGUAGGACACGAUGCUGUUGACAGUAUUGACAUAAGCGAUAGUGAUGAAUAUGAGCAAUGUGAAUAUCUUCAUAAUAUAGGUAAUUCAGUAGUAUCUAUAGAAGAAUAUACUGGAAAUGAAAUGAGCUCGGAAAUAGAGCCGUCUGGUAAUUUGUAUCAAACUACUAAACGAGUGGUAGAAAAGUCAAAUAAAGCUGGAAUUGUUAAGCGUAAACGUUUUAAUGGCCAGUACAGUUGUUCUUAUUGUGGGAAAAGUUUUCCUAAUCAUUCACGCAUGCAAAUACACCGUGUCAUACAUGAACCAAAUAAUCGUGCCACAUUUAAUUGUGAAAUUUGUGGUCGCUUAUAUACUAGCAAGCAAGCUAUGGAUGUGCAUAUCAAAACUACACAUCAAAAAACAGGUUUUCCCUGUGAAAUCUGUGGUAAAGUAUACGCUAUACGUAAGGGACUAGAAAUACAUAUGCGCUUCCAUAAUGGUGACUUUCCAUUUCACUGUGAUUUGUGUCCUAAAAAAUUUGCUCAAGUUUGUCAUUUAAACACGCAUAUAAAUAUUCACCACAACAACUUACGUUUUUAUUGUGGAGUUUGUGGACGUGUAUUCACUUCUUCUGCCUCGCUGAGAUGUCAUGAAUUCACUCAUGGCAAAAUGCCAUUCGAUUGUGAAAUGUGUGGAAAUGGUUAUCCGUCCAAAGCUAAGCUCAAAGUCCAUAUUCGUCGUAAACACGGUCUUGAAAUGGAUUCAGAACAAUUAGAAAAAAUGCGUAAAUUCCAUGUUAUGCGCUCAAAAUUAAAUACUGUUAAACUAAAGCAAGACCAAAUAGAUGCAAUUUAAUUGUUGACUUUUUUUUGUAAUAGUAUAGUUAUUAUUAUUUAUUUUAAGUAUAUGUCUUAUUUAUAUACAAUUAUUUAUUUGUUUUAAUCAGUGGUGUAAAUAAAUACAUCGAACUAUAAAAAUCACUA